AUGGCGAAUAGACUGCGCGAAGGUUUGGGCGGUGACGCCGACUACCUCCUCGUCGACGCAGAAUCGUUAGAAUUGAAAGCUCUUCGUGGGUUUCCGGGCCCGUAUGUCAAGCCUAUGAUAGAUGCACUCGGUCCAGACGGACUCUGGGAUCUCAUGUCUCGCCAUUGCGAUCGAAGAGCGGAGUUAAAGUGCGCGCUCGGCGUCAAGUGUUUGCGCACGGGCGAGCAGAAGAUUUUCAUUUCGUCGCGUUCGGGUGUGCUCGUCGUACCGAGAGGCGAGAUGGAGGCGAGCGACGAAGAUGGUUUGCAGAGCAUUUUCAAGCCGGAAGACUGCCAUAAGACGCUCGCAGAGCUAGAGUACUCGGAACGAAUGAAAAUAUCGCAUCGCCAAGACGCGUUG